CAUGGCGUCUGUCAAACCGCUGUCUGGAACCGAGCAGCCAAUGAAAGUUUAUAGAAGGAGGAAGUGUAAGGAUCUCAGUCCCGCCUAUGGCUCAGAAGUUAUGGGGACUGCGGAGUAGAAAACGGAAUGGAACCGGGUGCCUCCCAGCUUUCUAAUGUACCACAACAUGCCCCUGAUAAGGAUCUGCUGGAUCUUUUGAAUUUCCUGAAUGAAUCGGGGGGCACUGGGGGGUAUGUAGGGUGUAGAGGAGACGCCUGGGAGAGACAAAUGGAUUCGGAUGUUGAGGAGGAUGUUCCGGAUGAUUAUUAUUACUAUAAUGGGCAGGACAGUUCUGAUGAAGAUGAAGAUGAUGAUGAUGGUGUAGGCGUCGGGGGCUGGGAUGGAACUUACUGUGGCUUUCGUCCGUCCUUCCUUUACCCCUGUUACUCCAAUCUGCCCACUCCCACCGUGAUAACACAGGAGGAGGCAGAUAAGAACGCCCAGGAGCUGCUGGAGCAGGAGAAGAAAGAGAAAGAGAAGGCCAACAAGAAGCGCCUCAAGAAGAAGAGGCAGAAAGAGCGCAAACGCCAACACAAACUACUGGAAUCUCUGAAUAAUGGAAAUAUUUCUCCCGAAAAUCAGGUAUUGGGCCCUAAUGGUACUGAUGAGCCCCCAGCACUGGCAGAUGAAGGAAGUGAGAGGAAAGACAAGAGUGAGCCAGAUAGUGAGGAAGAUCUGGAUUUUGGAAGCACAUUUGUCCGUCAGGCUAAGAAAAAGAUAGAAAGGAAACCUAAACCUGAGCGCAAGGCCCGGGCGAGCGAGAGGUCUCAGGAUCAUGUGAGCGAGAGGUCUCAGGAUCGUGUGAGCGAGAGGUCUCAGGAUCGGGCGAGUGAGAGGUCUCAGGAUCGGGCGAGUGAGAGGUCUCAGGAUCGGGCGAGUGAGAGGUCUCAGGAUCGGGCGAGUGAGAGGCCUCAGGACAGGGCGAGUGAGAGGCCUCAGGACAGGCCGAGCGAGAGGUCUCAGGAUCGAGGGAGUGAGGGGUGUCAGGACAGAGGGAGCGAGAGGGAUGUUGCCCUUGUUAAGGAACCAGUGAGAAGUCCAAAGCUGGUUCAGGAGAAGGCUCAGUGUGUAGAUGAGUACCACGCCCAGCAGAGUAUGCAUUUUGCCAAUAUAGGAAAUAACUUUGCCAGUGGGGAGAAGUUUGUGGAGGCCAUAGCAUGUUAUAGUGAUGCCAUUAAACUCAACCCUACAGAAUACAGGUUCUUUGGAAACCGUUCAUACAGCUACGAGCGCAGUGGGAGGUACAGCGAAGCUUUGCAGGACGCAGAGAGGGCGCUGCAACUGGAGCCUCGCUUUAUUAGGGGCUAUUUCCGAAAGGGGAAGGCCCUUAAGGGGUUAAAGAGAUACGCUGAUGCCAUCGCUGCCUUCCACAACGUUCUGUAUUAUGAUAUAAAUCACCCCGAGGCUGCCAGUGAGAUAGACAAUUGCCAGCAAAUUAUACAGGCUACAAGUUCCUUCACCAGAGUAAAGAUAAUUCCUAACUCCCCACUCAGCCCCCCACUCACCCCCAUAGGGUCCCUUCCUGGGCCAGAUAAGGGAUUUGUGCCUCGCACUGUGGUGUAUACCAGAGCUGGUUUAAACAACAACCCUCCAAAAUUAAAGAACUCAUAUAAUCCAGCCAAACCUUUAGCAGCCCAAAAUCCACAUCCACCAAUUAGCAGCAAAUUAUACCCUAUCUGGGUUGGAAAUGUAACCAAUGAAAUUACAGAAAGAGUACUGAGAUCUCACUUUGAGCCGUUUGGCGCUGUCCAUUCAAUGCGGAUUCUCUAUAGUAGAACCUGCGCCUUUAUAAACUUCACCAACAAAGAGUCUGCUGAGAGGGCGUUCCAUGCUCUGCAGGGUUUGUCUAUUGAAGGAACAACAUUUGUUUUACAACUGCGCAACCCGGAACACUUGACCGUUACUAGUGGCAAGACCCAGUAAUUGGAUAGAAGUCUCCGCCUCUUUACUGGGAUUGGCUGUUUGAGCUCUGAUUCUGCCGUGACCAAAGUGAAGUGGGUGGGGCAGUCAGUCCAGUUGAGCCAAUGAGAGGUGGGGGGUAUAAUUGUCCCAAUUGCUCAGACCUGCCCUUCAUUAUAUCCCACACAUUUGUUUCACUCAUGAACAUUUGCAAUAAACUUCUUUUUUGGCAUAA